AUGUUGGACACUGUACGGGGAGAUGCAGGUACCCCGGAUCUCAGUACAUCAAAAUACAUUGAGACCUCGCCAGUGGCAUCAGUGGGCCGAGAUGUGGUGCCCACGACGACAGCCGGCGGACAAAACAAGAAUAUUGCAUCAGAAGCGUCAAGCUUGGUAGACCCAGCAACAGUAUCAGCCAUUCUUCCUAGUGGAUCAGAUUCAUCGCCCACACGCAGCGAGUGGAUACAGGAAUCAACUGGGACAUCGGCUGCCAAAGAUAUCAGUGCAUCAGAAGCCAGCCCCAAACCAACCAGCCUACUGGAUGCAACAAGUCCACACCAUUCAUCACAAACACCCCGGACCAUGCCUUCAAGUUCAGACCUAUCCUCCCUCGCAUCCACCCAAACAGCGUCCUCAACAGCGACAACCUCCGCCUCAACAACCUCAGCAAUCAGCGACUCAACCGCUUUCUCCGGCGGCCCAUCAAAAACAACAAAGAUUGCCAUAGCAGUCCCAGUCUCAGUAAUCGGCCUGGCUCUAAUCCUAGCGCUCCUAUUCUUUCUCUAUCGCCGACGGCGCCACGACAAACAACGCAACGCCCUACCCCCAUCAUACGACAUAGCAACAGGGCACCGAAGCGCGGUAUCGACACAAGAGCUAAUGGUAUCCCCAAAAUCCUCGACACCAGAGUCAAGACGUUCAUUCUCCACACCGGCAAUGUCAUCAACGGCCAUGUCCAUGCCCAUGCCCCCCAUUCCCCGGAUCCCGAUUAUCAGCAUCUCGCCCUCGACGGAAAGUCGGGGCCAAACGCCCAGUCCGGGUCCUAGUUCUGGGACCUCCUUUCGCCGCAUGUCUAUGACCCGUGGACCUAAUGACUCUGAGGCGGAGCUUGGGGUUGCAGUCGCAGUUCCGAUGGAUCAGAGGCGGAGUGCUACUGAGCAGGAUUUUAGGGGUCGGGUUGCGUCUGUUGCGUCCUCGAGGCGGCCAUCGCGGUUAGCUAGGAUGCCGUUUGAGGAUUUCUCGGAUGACGAGGUUGGUAUUGGCAUUGCUCGUGGUGGUUCGGAUGAUGAAUAUGAUGAUGCUGUUUCUGAUGUGUCGGAUCUGGAUGGGCGGAGGAGGGAGAGGGACUUUGAUGACCAUUCUGUGGUGUCGUCUUUUGAUGAGGUGUCGCCGAUAGGUGAGCAGGAGAGGAGGCGGUUUCGGGGAGUUUGA